AUGACGGUCAGCGAUCUCUCCACGCCUGAUCGACGGAACACGCGCCCACCGGAGGUCGAUACGCACAGCAAACGCGCUGCAAGACACCAUUCAAACGCGAGCAGCUAUCGAGGAGAGUCCAACGGCAGGUUCAUUGAAUACGGUGGCACUGUCGAUGAAUUCCUGAAAGAAUACGCGCGUUCCGCCACAACGUACCAGCCGCCAGACCGCGACCACAUGGGAGCGUUCAAUGAGCUGGAGGACACGAAACUCUUGAAGGAUGAGAAAGACAUGUACGAGCCUCUGAUCAAUGGCUUUAAGAGCCUCUGUGACGAUAUGGAUGCCGACAAACGUCCCGCGUUCUACGACGGGGCUAGCAAACAGUGGCGUUACCCUUACAAGAGAUGGCUUUGCCAUCACACCUUCAUGGCCCCCGACAUCGUGGCGCUUCCACCAGGGACAACGCUUGCUGAUGGCGAGCAGCCUAGUGAGUGGAAGCAUGCGUGCUUCGUUGUCGAGGUCAAAGGAACCAAACACCCGGAUCCGAUCACCUCCAACCACGAGAAAGCGGCCACUCACAGGAUCCAGAUCAUGCGCGACGCUGGACACGUCAUGCUUGCAACUGGGCUUUUGUGUGUCUUUGUCGUCGGCAUCUACGGCCAGGAUGCACGCAUCUUCCGUGUCGACCACGCCGGGGCUGUGAGCAGCCGUCGCUUCAACUACGUCCAAAACCCAGAGGUGCUUCGACAAUUUGUUUGGCGCUUCUUCAAUCCGACGGCCGGGACGCCCUUCAUCGGCGUCGACAACACGAUCCGGCCCGCGAGCGCAGCGGAUGUGGCAUGGGCAAAGGAGGUGUGCGUCGCUGCGGACGGGCGAUGGGAUGCUGAGGCCGAGGAAGAGUUGAAUCGCUGGGUGACGGUACCGUCCAAGGGCGAGCGCAGUGAGCAAGACUAUCUGCUACUGCGGUCGAUCUACGUCGAUCCAAACACGUUUUGUCGCGCGACGUGCGUCCGCCAGGCGGUGCUGAAGGGCGAUCAGAGUGGCAAGCGGUACGUUGUCAAGGACGCAUGGCGUCAGCGCGCUCGGAAGCAUCGCGAGACGGAGUUCUACGAGCGGAUCGAGAAGUACUGCGAGGAGACAGGGCGUGCUUACGAGGGCAUCGCGAAACUCGCGAAUGGUGUCGACCUGGGACAAAUGAUGUCACAAAGCCUCCACAAGGCCCAAUCCUUGACCUGCAAUGUCAAGAAACAUCAUUCGCCCUUGCAUAUGCGCGAUCGCAACCACAUGCGGAUUGUUUUGCAGACCGUCGGAAUCCCGCUGGACCGAUUCCCCAGCACAAGAGUUUUCAUAGAGGCAAUACGCGACGCUGUCAAAGGUCAUCUCCUUGCCUUCCUCGCUGGGGUGCUGCACCGAGAUAUCAGCAAGGGCAACGUCCUCAUUUUGCUGGGAGAUGUACCGUUCAAGGGAUUCAUCUGUGACUUUGAUUGCAGUAGCUUCGUCGACAGCACAAAGUUCGGCGGCUCGCGUCCAGAUGCCUAUUCUAGCGAGGAUGACCCAGAGAAUGAACUCAAGGAUCGGACGGGUACAUUUCGAUAUUUCGCCUGCGAGCUACUGGACAGAAGUGGACCGGUCCUUCACCGCGCGCAUCACGAUCUCGAAUCUUUCUAUUGGGUCAUCCUCUGGAUUAUCCUUUGUCAUACGGACCAUGACCACCCAAGCGGCUUCGCGGCAUGCAAUAAGGUCUUUGGCGGUGCCACAGAGGAAGCUGCUAGCAGUCAGAAGUUCCGUUGGCUGGGCCAAAAUUCACAAAACCUCACAAUACGCGGCAACAAGCCCCUCACCGACUUGAUGAACGCCUUGACGUCCCUAGUGUACGCAUCCCAGAGGCAGAGGGAUACACAGCACGAGCCUCUGACCCAUGCAGCCUUCAUUGAAGCUCUCGACCGUGCUUUGGAUGCCGAAGGCUGGCCAGAGGACGACAAGGCGCGCCCGUUCGUACCCCCACAUGUCGACGACGAUGGCAAUAUUGUGCAAACGGGAUCCAAACGCAACAGGGAGGCCGGCGACGAGGGAGCUCGCUCGAAGAAGAAGCAGAGGGUGUCGGUAAAGGACGUGGCUCCACUACGGUCUGGUAGAGUUGACCUCGCUUCCAUCAAGUGGGUGAACUCGGAUCCGGAGCCAGAGUAA